UUUUUUUCCAUUUUUGUUGAUUGUUUUUUUUUCUUCUCUUUCUAAAUUAACUGAUUUUCUUGAUAAUUUUAAUUCUAUUUUAAUUUGUUUUCAUAUUCUUUUGUCUCUUAAAACGAUUAUCUUAAUUACUCUACAAUUUCUUAAACCAUCACAAUGAGACUCACAUAGAUUGUCAAUAGAAAAUGUAAAUUAAUCUCUUUUGUUUUUCUAUUCUCAUGAUAAUGUUGAUGUGGAUCAUUUCAUUUCUUUAUUGUUAUAAUCACACUUUCUAAUUAAAGAUAAAAGUGAAUCAGUAACAAUCUACAUAAUGUGAUAGAUGAUUCAAUCUACUCUUUGAUGGUAAAAUCUCAUCUCUAGAAUAACAUUAAUUGUACAAAUUGGAAGGAAACAAUUGGACAAUGGAAUUGAAUAAUCUUUGGAUAUUUUUAACUAUAAUUGUGCUUCUUAAUUUAACCUUUGGUGGUUUAUUUUCAAUCAUUCUACUGGUGUUGGUACUUUUCUGUUCCUAUGCUAUAAGUAAAUUGUGUUUAACCUCCAACAAUCAAUCGUUAAUUAGACAAAUUAUCUGGUCUGGAUUAAUGGAAACAUUUAAUGGGCCAGGAAGAGGUCAUUCUAAAGGAUUAAAGGAUAGAUUGGAACGAGAGAGAAUUUUAAAAUUUCUCAUUUCUCGGGAAAAAGAUGAAACCAAUUUCUGUCUAACCUGUCAGGAGAGACGCUGUUUACGCCAUGGGUCCGAGGUUAAGGUUGGCCUUUUUCCCGAACGACGAAUUUUAAUCAAUUCUUGUUUAAAUCAACUUCUCAUGGAAAAUAUUAACCUUUGUCUGGAAGAUGUUGAUAGUCUUAAAAACAAUGAGACACUUUGUUUGGAGGUUCGAAGGUGUAUCUCAUUUGUAAUUGGAAAUCUGAUCACUCGAAUGAGAAUCAAUGUUAAUUCAACUGAUUUUAUCUCUAAACGAUUGUCAACCUCAAUUGUUCAGCAUUUAUAUUUUUUCCUUGCGGGUAAACGCCAAUCAAGAUCAGCUUAUUUUAUCAAGGAACAAGUAAUCAAAGUUUACCAAGAAAAAGGUUAUUACUGUGAUUCAAAUCAUUUACAUUCCAUGGUUAAAGCCUGUCAUCAUUUAAUUAUAUCUCCAACUCUAUUGUCCAAUUCAACAUUAGCCCUUUUCUCACUUGAAUUAAUUGUUAAUUGUGUCUUAGAACCAUUUCUGGAUCUCAUCGCUAAUCCAUAUUAUUUUAAUACCUUAAUUAUUGUACUACUUGAAGGAAUAUCAAAUGUAAAUUCAAUCAAUUGCAAAUCAGCUGAUAAUCAUCAUCAUCACGAUGAAAGUAACAAUUUGCCAUCAUCAUCAUCAUCAUCACCUUCAUUAUUAUUAUCGUCAUCAUCAUCGUUAUCACAUGAACAUAAUCAACAACAAUCAACUUCCAAAAUGGACUCACUUGACCAAUUGUUGGACAAUUUUUCUAAACCAUUGAAACAAUUAAAUGGCGAAGAUAAUUGUUUAGGCCUUUCUUUGAAAGAGAUAAUUAAAGAUGAACAAUUAUUGUUUAUCUUUAUGCAAUAUCUUAAAGAAGAAGGUGCUGUUAAUUUAUUACAAUUUCUACUCUCAGUUGAUGCAUUUAAUUGUCGACUAUUGAAACCUGAUCUAAUUGAAGAAGAGAAAAUUGAUUUAACUAAAGAAUUGGAGCUUUUAUGGAAAGAAUAUUUUGCCGAGGAAAGUGGUGAUUAUAUUCAUUUUCAUGAUGAAACAAUAAGAAAAUCAUUGGAGGAAAUAAUUAUCGAGAAGAAAGAAAUUGUCCUUCUACAAAAAAGUGACCCACUGUACAAAGCUUACGAUCAAGUGUACAAUACAAUUGAUCGUGUUUAUCUGCCACUAUUUACCGAGUCAUCUCUUUACUUUAAGCUAAUUGCUGGAUCAAGGAUUAAUCAGUCUGCCUCAUUUGAUACCAAUGAUGGUGAUAAUUUAUCACUUUCUAGUCAAAUAUCAUCGAUUCCGGAAAGUUCAAGGAAAAAUUUCAAUCCAAGUGGAGGUGAUGAUGGAUCAAGAGAUUCAAUUAAAGAAGAGGAUGAAAUUAAAGCUAAAGAGGAUAUUCAAGUGAUCCAUGAUUUAAGUUCAUGGCAAGUGAAAGUUGAUCGAGUUGAGAAACGAGUUAAAAGUGAAUUUGAUGAUGAAGAAAUUGCUGAUGAUGAGGAAGAUCGUCUUAUAUUUGCGAUUAAAGUUGACGAUGUAAAAGGUGAAUCAAAUUGGGAAAUUCAACGAGAAUUUGAUGAGUUUCAUGUUCUACAGUCAAAAUUACGCCAAUUCCAUGGGACAAUCAAAGGAAUCGACAUUCAAUUGCCCAAGAAACGAUUUAAUCUACUUUCAAGUUGUUCCUAUUUUCCAGUUACUCAGACUAAUAUCUCAUUCCUCGAGGGUCACAUGGGUGAUCUUCAAAAUUUCCUGGAGACACUUCUUGCCAAUCCCGCUUUACAAUUUUCCUCACUGUUACAUUCAUUUCUAAAACCCUCCGCUUCAUCUAAUCAAUUUAAUUCCACUUCGGUUGAUUUUCGUAAAAUGAUGAGAAAUUUAAAUUCCACCUUUUCUCUUAAAGGUGGAACUGACCUUCGAACGUCCCUUCAACCCUUUAUUCUGAACUUUUUAGGGUCAACUGAAAACAAACGUAACCCAAUUGACACCAAUAAGGAAACACCACCACCACCGCCAACGCCAACAUCAACAAUUAACUCACAAGGAAUUAAAAGUAAUUCAAAUAGUUUUGAAGAUGCUCUUGAUCCAAUUGAAAUUAGCACAAUCAAUGAAACAAUUUCAAACACUAACGAUACAAAUACUACAAUGGACAUUGGAGAUGGACAAGGAAAUACCCUGUAUGAGUUAAUCAUGUUCAUCAUGAAUAGUAUUUAUGAUUUAGAUGAAACAAAUUCAACGGCUUAUUACCUGUUACAAUUAAUUGAACCGAUUGCAAAGGAAUCGAUUCAAUCGGUUAUGACCAAAUUGUUGGAACUUGAAUUAUCUCAUGUUGUUACUCUCGAAAAUUGUGUACUUGCUCUUGAGACUUUGAAGGAAACUUUGAUCGCUCGAAAAUCUCCUCGAGAUGUGGGGGAGGAGGAGAAACUUCGUAAACUUCGAGAAAGGGAAGCGCUAAAAGCGAUUCAGGCCAAAUUGAAUUAUAUUCCAUUCACACCUUCGUCACUUUCUUUUCACCUUUAUUAUUGUUUCCAAUUUCCUUCGUUGAACAAACAGUUUCUGUAUUUGAUUCUUAAUCAAUUGUUUCUCCUUUUGUUUCCUGAAAUUUUCCCCCCAAAUAAUUAGAUGAUUAAGUUUAAUUGUUGUUCCUUUUUGCUUCUCAUAUCAUUAUGAUUCCAUUAUUUUUCCUUAUUAAAAAAUGUAAAUUCUAGAGUUGAUAUAAGUCAAUAAAUUUAAUAUAUUAACACUUUUAA